UUUUUACCAGUUCUUUUCUCCAGAGAGGGCCUGAUCAUGCCGAGCCAAUAAAUUCCACCCUGCAUUACCGAUCUACCAGUACCACCUUUUACUUCCACACCUCCCUAUUUACUGCUCACCUCAUCCACCAACAGCGAUUGAAGAAGCUUGGUGUUUCCUUCACAGACCAAAAGCCUGCAACUUCAUUUGACUUCACCUGUGCGUGCUGUCCUUCUUGUCUUGGUGUCAGCCUCAAGACAACCUCGACGUGUGCCUCUUAGCUCGCUUCCCACGAAGGAAUCAAUAAAUUUGUCGUUCAAAUUCUUCAAAAACUCGAGCACUUUGAUGCCAUAAGGUGCCCUUCUGCCCUAAUAAUUUCCUUUCUAAAUUUCACCUUUUGUGUUCUUAAGAGUGUUGCAGACAUGGCGGACGGAAACGAAGAGGAAGAAAGGAGUGGUAAAAACCACAACUUUGCGUGAAAUUACCCUAACGUAGUGCCAUCCUCUUUGAUUGCUCCAUGUCCUUGGCUCAAAUGGCCGCUGGAUUCUUUGCCUUUUACCUCUCUGUUUCUCUUCUGCUGAGGUGCUCGGCCUCGCCGGAGCCGAACACGGACGCGUUCUUCGUGGCCGAGUUCUUCCGGAAGAUGGGGGCGGCUGUGGUGCCCAACAAUCGCAAUUUCUCGGAUGUUUGUUCGUGGCCAGGAGUCUCCUGCGAGGGCCAGUUCGGGAAAGUCACCGGCUUGGUGGCUUCCGGCCUCGGACUUUCUGGUCCCAUCCCCGCAACAACCAUCGCGAAGCUUAGCAAGCUACGAGUUUUGGAUCUCGGCAGCAACAAUAUCACCGCCCUUUCAUCGGACUUCGGCGAGCUGUGCGGCUCUCUCUCGCACCUCGACCUUUCCGGCAACAGCAUUACGGGGCCACUACCCACCGACAUCAGCAACUUCAAGCUGAUGGAAAGCCUCGACCUUUCGCGCAACCGGUUCUCCGGCGAGAUUACCAGGGAGGUGGGCUUGCUUACCAACCUCAGGCUCCUUAAUCUCAGGAGCAACUUCUUGGUGAAGAGAAUCCCGGAGACGAUUAUUGGAUGUGCCUCCCUCGUUUCAAUCGACCUCUCCAACAACAAAUUGGGUGGACUUCUUCCUGUUGGAUUCGGCUCUUUCUUCAAGAACCUAACCACUAUGGAUCUCUCUGGGAACCGGUUUGUAGGAAAGAUGCCAAAUUUAUCCAGUUUGCCUUCGCUUGCCUACCUCAAUCUCUCCGGCAAUCACUUCCGUGACUUGGUCCUCGGGGGACUCGGGCAAGCAUUGCAAGUUGUGGACCUGAGCAAGAACCAGUUCCAUGGCCUCAUUUCUCAGUUGCUCAACUUGAAGGUAUUAGACCUUUCACAGAAUCAUCUCAACGGAAGCAUUCCUGAGCUGAACACGAGCAACCUUCGAGUGAUGGAUCUUUCGCGGAACAAUCUCACCGGUGAAAUCCCAAAAUCCUUGCAACAGACUCUACCCAGGAUUGAAAAGUUCAAUGUUUCCUUCAACAAUCUUACUUACUGCGCUGAGAAACUGUCACCUGCAAUGUUUAAUUCUUCGUUUAUUGGGUCACAAAGUGACUGCCCAAUUGCAGUAAAUCCAGAUAAUGCCGUGUCCAAAGGAAGGACAUAUCUGGAUCUCAAGUUAGGAUUUGUUAUUGCUUUAUCGGUUUUCUUUUCAUCAGUGGGGCUGAUCUGCAUUGCACUUGGAUGCAGAAAGAGGACAGGGUCCUGGGCAAUUAAGCAACUGUCAUACAGAGAGGAGCAGAACGUCUCCGGUCCCUUCUGUUUCCAGACUGAUUCAACAACUUGGGUUGCUGAUGUCAAGCUUGCAAGCUCAGUCCCUGUCGUCAUCUUUGAGAAGCCAUUGUUGAACUUGACCUUUGCUGAUCUCUUGAAUGCGACUUCCAAUUUUGACAGAGGAACCUUACUGGAAGAAGGAAAAUUUGGGCCAGUCUACAGAGGAUUUCUUCCUGUAGGCAUUCACGUCGCCAUGAAGGUUCUAGUUCCUGUAUCAUCCGUGACAGAUGAGGAAGCUGCACAAGAGCUCGAGAGGCUUGGACAAAUCAAACACCCAAAUUUAGUGCCCUUGACUGGUUACUGCUUAGCCGGGGAACAAAGAAUUGUGAUAUACGAUUACAUGGAGAACGGUAACCUACAGAAUCUACUUCAUGAUUUACCACUAGGUGUACAGUCAACUGAAGAUUGGACGAGUGAUACAUGGGAGCAAGAUAACACUUGUGCACAGAGCAUCACGACUGAAGGACUGACAACUUGGAGAUUCCGACACAAAAUUGCUCUGGGUGCGGCGAGGGCAUUGGCAUUCCUCCAUCAUGGAUGCUUCCCCAUGAUAGUUCACCGAGAUGUCAAGGCGAGUAGCAUUUAUCUUGAUUCAACUAUGGAACCAAGGCUAGCUGAUUUUGGAUUGUCAAGGUUAGUUGGGAUUGGCAUGGAGAGUGGGAACGUGAUGGUUCAUGGAUCGGCAGGUUACGCUCCUCCAGAGUUGUCGGAAUCUGAAAAUGCAUCAGCAACCACAAAAUCUGACGUUUACACAUUUGGGGUAGUGCUUUUUGAGCUUCUUACGGGGAAAAAACCAAUUGGAGAUGAGUAUUCUGAGGACAAGGAAACUACUCUCGUCGGCUGGGCACGGGCAUUGGUGAGAAGAAACGAGCUGGCCAGUUUAAUGGAUCCGAAAAUAAGGGAAACCAGAUCUUGUGAGAAACAAAUGGAGGAAGCACUGAGAAUUGCUUAUCUAUGUACAGCUGAUUUGCCAUCCAAGAGGCCAUCCAUGCAGCAAAUCGUUGGCCUCCUUAAAGACAUUGAGCCUGCCAUCGUUGAUCAUUGAAUUGCAAACCUGGAUUCGGUUUGUUCGUUCUAGCUAGUCUGCUACACUCUCCAUGUGGAGGACAUGAGCUUCUAUGAAGCGAGGUUCUUAUGAUUUUUGCUCUAAUUAUAGCUCAUUAUCUCACACUUAUGAUUCUCUAUCAGUUUAGCAUAACCUCUUUCUGUAUUUCACCCUUUACUAUUGGCACAAAGUAGCUAACUUUUCUUCAAA